GGCGUGACAGGUCUUAGAUCAUUCAAGGUAUCAUUUUUAGCAUCUUCGGGCUAGCCCAUGGAGCAUGGUUUGCGAGGAUUUCUAUCAGCCGCACAAAAAAGUCCAUGCUCGAGUCACAUAAUUCGCUGGCCAUGUACUUUGUCAUGCUACUGGGUCCGAAAGGACUUCAGGACUCUGAAUCGUUCCGUCACCCUAGACCAUGUAGGGACUGGGGUCACCUGUUGUCCGGGUUGACCUAUAACUCAUGUUGCCCCAUCCACGAGGAGUCUUGACUUGAACCUUCGUUGAAGAGUCCCGAGACCUAUAGUCGUGUCGCCAUGUCUCUGCAACGCUCCGUGACGCGGAAGGCCGCUACAGGACCUGCUCGACGGAAGAAAGACUAUGACAUCGUCCAGCAGGGCGUUAAAGAGCUUUACCCACUUGACAAAACUGAUAUCGAACCGGAAAUUGACAUCGUCUUUGUGCCGGGCCUUGGCGCACACCCGGAAGAUAGUUGGAAAUCAGAAAAUACCGGCUUCAACUGGACUACUGAUGGCCUCGUUAGAGACUUCCCAAGGGCUCGUAUAUUGCUAUACAUGUACGAGUCAGCAUGGACUGGUUCCCUAAAGGUGAAGCAGUUCAUGAGCAAUAUUGCUACGACUCUGCUUAAUGGUUUAAGAAGUAAGAGAGAGGGCGCAGUACAACGACGUCCAAUUGUGUUUAUUGGCCAUAGUAUGGGAGGUCUAGUCGUCGCAAAGGCGAUAACUAUGGCAGACUCUCGAAGAGAUAAAUAUCCCGUCAUGUUCGAGGCUAUAGCCGCGGCUAUUUUCUUCGGUACACCGUUUAACGGAGCACCAGUUGCUUCCAUCGCCGCCAUGUACUCAUAUUUCGCCGAGAAGACCGGCACAGCAACCGCUUCUAAACUACUAGACCUAAUGAAGCCUGGAGAUGAAGGCCUCAGAGAGCUCAAGCACGAAUUCAUGCGUCUUGUAGGAAAGUUAAGCCCCAAGAUCGAUUUGCUAUGUUUUUAUGAGGAACAGCCGACCGAUUUCGCGAAAAUGGCCGGUUUAUCCGACCUGUUCGGGAUGAGCAAGCUCAUUAUUCCUAAAUCCUAUGCCGAUUUCGUGAGUCGCGAUUCUGCGACGCUUCCGGGUGUUGAUGAGCAAGGCUUGGCGCGUAACCACCGCGAUCUUGUUAAGUUCGACGGCCCGAAAGAUGAUCAAUGGAACCAGUUUGUGAAAGAUCCUCUGAAAAGGAUAAUCCACGGUGCCCAACUGGCGGUCAAGAAUCGUCUGAAUUCGGUCCGCGAUAUUGAUCGGAAAAUGAUCAAUAACAUCAUGGAAGCUUUAGAUGGUGCGCAGGUUUCCAGGAAGCGCAAGGCCCUGGCGCAAACAUUUGCUUCAUCCUCCUGGAUCACGAAGGAAGAAGAAUAUAUACAAUGGCUAGCUGAUGAUAAUAACAAGAAUGAUGAGGCCCAGACAACUCACGCUGCUAAUUGCUUAUGGAUUCGAGGACCAGAAGGGCGAGGGAAAACCAGCGCUUCUUUAGCGGCUGUGGACGAGAUCGACAAGGUUAGAGAUACGGAUUCGAACCAAGGGGCGAUCUUGCUUGCCUAUUUCUUUUGCGAGCCUACUACAGAUUAUUGUACCGCUGAGGAUGUCCUCAAGAGUAUUGUGAUUCAGUUAAUCGACCAACAAGAGAUGCUUGCUUCUUAUGCCAAGCUAUUUGCUAAGAAGCGAGGCGAGGGGAAUAAAGCCCAGGUAACGGUGGAGAACUUAUGGCAGGCCAUUCAGGAUAUGCUUGUAGAUGAAUUCAUCGGCAGCAAGGUUAUAUUUGUCCUCAAUAACCUACAUGUCCUUCCGGAGGAUUCCGACUCUACCAUCAAGCUAAUGAACUACUUGAACGCCGAGCUCCGGGGCGUCAAUAACACAGAUCCAAAGCGAGUCCCGACCAGGUGGAUGAUAACCAGCAGAGAAGCCCACAAUAUCGAGGAAGCACUCAAAAUCGAGGGUGUCCGUCUUGUUGACUUUGAAGACGAGAAGUACGGAAACCAGGUUCAGACGGCGUUGCGCAAGAGAGCUAAAGAGCUAAUCGCUACGCUCGAAAAGGAGAAGAACUAUAACAAGGCACUCUCAUAUUUCGCAAGCAGUCUCAUCGGAAAGCGUGCGCAAAAUACACAAUGGAUCGACAUUACCUGCGUCCAACUCCAAGAGCUUCCGGAGGCUGAGAGCGAUCUCAAAGUGCGUCGGGUACUCGAGAAAAUGCCACAGGAUCUUACAACACUCCUGAAUAACUCGUGGCUUCAAAUAUUCAAAGCUAACGAAGCCGAUAUCGAACAAAUGAAGGAGAUGCUGCGCGCCCUUGUACUCACUUACGAAGACCCGACCGAAGCAGAACUAAGUGUACUCGCUGGUUUUACCACGAACGAGGGAGAGGAAUCCAAACUCCGAAUGUUGGUGGACAUGUGUAAGCCUUUGCUGACCAUCAAGCGGGGAAGUAAUUCGAUUUCCUUCAUGAACGUCGUGGUCAAGAACCAUCUCCUAGAGAAUGCCAAGCAGCUUCUCGGCAUGUCAGAAGAGGAGAAAAAGUGGCAACACGGCGUUCUUGCGUUUAGGUCGUUCUUGCAUGUAAACGACAAAUUCAAUUUCCCCGCUCAAGAAGAAACAACUGGGGAAAAUCAGCCUCAAGAAGAUGGGGAGGGAGGGCACAAUGAGGAAUAUCAGGACGAAGAUGAGGACUGGGAUGAAGAAGAAGAAGAGGAAGAGGAAGAGGAAGAAGAGAGCGAAUAUGAUAGUGAGAGCGAACCCGAUAGCCAGGAUGCGGAUCCUGAGGCCGAUAUUCUUAAUAAUCUAGCUUUGCCGUACACAGUCAAAUACUGGCUACGCCAUGCUAGUAAAGCUACGCGUGAGAUCGCUGAGGACUUAAGUUUAGAAGAAGAUUUCUGGAAGUCAGAUUCGAAGAUACGACACCGCUGGCUUGUAGAAUACUGUCGCAUGACCAGAAUUUUUGACGGGUUCGACUAUAAGACAUUAACAGGGUUACACAUUGCCGCCUCCGUCGGUUUUCGGGAACUCGUUGCAGCGCUAAUCCGAAAUGGCUACGAAGACCAAAUUCACAUCCGUGAUUCGAUGGUUAAUACUCCACUACACUUUGCGGCCAACUUUGGACGUCCAAAGAUCGUCGAGGAGCUCCUGAACAGAGGCGCUGUAAUUGACGACGGGGAUGAAAUCAGCGAGCAGACGCCUUUACACAUGGCUGCUUUCGGAGGCCACGUCGAAGUUAUGAAAAAGCUGCUAUUGAGAGGUGCGAACGCUAACGCAAUGUCCAAGGAUAUCGGCCCAGUAGUAAACGCGGCAAUCUCCUCCGGCAACCGGGCGUGUGUGGAACUCCUUAUCGAACGGAACGUCUCGUUAACGGUCGACCAACCUGACAUUGACGCGCCCCUGGCACUGGCCGCGUUGCUAUCUGACUUUUCCAUGUUCGAGUAUCUAAUUGAAAAAUAUGCGGAUAAAUUGCCACAUGAGGAAUAUAGCAAGGCGUUUGUUAAGGCCGCGGAGGCAGGUCGAGUGGAAGUGUUUAACAGGAUGCUCGAGUACGAGCACACUGAUGAAUAUUUCCAACUUGCUCUCGAUGCUGCCGUUGAGGAGUGGAACUGGGAUAUUGUUACGAUUAUCUUGGAAAAGCACGAAGGGCUUAAUGUCGACGAUGCCUUCUACGAAGCGGCUACGGGCACCGAGCAGCAAGACAGGCUUUUAGACGUGUUCUGGGAGUAUUCUGGCGGCGGGAUAAGCCCGGAGAAACUCAACAGUUCUCUCUACGACGCGACUGACAGAGAAAAGGAGUCUACGGUGAAGUUACUCCUCGAGAAAUACAAAGCGGAUCCUAAUGCUACCGGCAUCGAGUACGGCAAUGCCUUAACGGCUGCUGCUUACGAUGGGACUAUGGAAAUCAUUCGAAUGCUCCUCGAUGCCGGUGCCGAUGUCAACGCGCCGGAAGGAUGGGCCCUUCAAACAGCUGCUACCGAGGGUCAUUACGAUGUCGUCGUAGAACUUCUAAAGCGCGGGGCCGAUGUGAAUGCCUUCACUCACAGCGAGUACUUUGAGCCAGGCACUGCUAUCCAAGGAGCGUGUGAAGCGGGAAAGACGGACAUUAUCACUUUGCUUCUUGAACACAAUGCAGACCCCAACCUCGGAGGAGGCCGCGAUGCACCACCAAUCAUUGCAGCCGCCAUCCGUUCCGAAGAAGAAAUCCUCGAGAGCUUAGUCAAGGCGAAAGCACGUCUAGAUGUGCGUGGUAGCGGAGGCUGUCCGUCAACACCGCUUUGCUUAGCUGCUACCUAUAUGCCUUUGUCGUCGCUCCAGCUGUUGCUUGACGCAGGCGCUGACAUCAAUCUCCCCGGCGAAGACGGGGAUACCGCCCUUAUCGCAUCCGCAUCCAGAGGCGACGAAGAGGUCGUUUCAUUUUUAAUUAACAGAGGUGCCGACAUUAUGCAAUUAAAUGAAGAUGGCGACAAUGCUCUACAGAGGGCGUUGGCCAACGAAAAUGGGGAAUGCUUGCGAGUUCUUGUCGAUCAUGUCUCGAUACUCUUAGGAGCCCUCAAGAAAUCCAUGGACUCUGGUAACAAUGCAGUUACCAGCGUUGUGCGAGGCGCGUUUAACAAACAGCAAGAGCUCAAUUAUGACGAUGAGCCUCAAGAAGCUUCGACGGGCGUCGAGUCCCCUAAACCAUUGAUUGUAAAAGACAAUGAAAAUAUUCAUUCCACCGCGGCGUCAUUGCCUGACGGAGCUCAAACAGUCGAAGAUGAUGCCCAGGACAUCAGCCCUACAGAUGAAGAGUCUUCAUUCCACCAGAUGUCUGAACGGCUCAAAUCUGCUAUAGCUAACCAGGCUGCUCUGUGGAACGAGUUUGCGAGCACCAGAUCGCCAACCCCUCCUAACCCUGAACAGCCUAUCUACGAGCCUAGCGGUCAGGUUGAGGGAGGUGUUACCUACAACGUAGAUCACCAUAUAGAGAUUGAGCAGCCCCAAAAGGCGACCCCAGAGCCAUUGCCCGUUGAACUUCCUGUCCACGAACCUUCCCCGGAACCUGUCUACGAAUAUAUUAAGAGGAAGCCGGCACCAACUGUUUCGUAUGAUAACCAAGCUACAUAUAGCCAAACGCAGUCCUCGGCGCCGCCUCAAGUAUCAGCCAGUUAUGCCCAAGUAACUAUAGAACCUAGGCCGUACGACCAACCCAUUAGCGCAUACAGGCCCGAUCAGGCCGCUGCUGGUAGGCAGUCUCAAGAAAUCCCCUCGUAUCAGAGACCACAGAGCCAGGCCGUACAACCAGAACCGUCUAUAUCCUAUCAGAACAUGUAUGCGUACGCGCAAAACCGGCCUUCUCAGAUAUCAGAGCAUUAUCACAGCUCGGCACAAAACCAACCCGAUGGUUCUCUAUAUAAUAGCACCGAUGAUGUCGACGCAACUCCGUCCCAACCCCCUACGACUCAGUAUCCUCCUCAACAACCCGCCUACGCCGCGUAUAAUCCAGGUACACAUAGUCCACCGCAGCAGGGGUCAGCGCCGCAACAAUCCUACAACCCGAGCAAUCCAAUCCAGGCAUAUCAGGGGCAGGCCUACCAGCCGCAGGACUGGCAGCAGCAGCAACAGUAUCAGGGGUACUACGGGAACGCUCAAAGCCAGCAGCAACAUAACGCGAGCACCUCAUACGAUGGCUCCGAAUGGGAGCAAGGUCGUCCGCCGCUCAAGCCUCAGAGGUCGUCAUUCUUUGGGAACGGGAUGAAGAACACGCUUAACAAGACGAAGAUUAUGGGAAAUGGUAUCUUUAGCAGGAAGUAGGAAAUGAGGAGUCUAAAGCGAAUAUGGUAAUGUCUAGGUUGAUAGUUUGUACGUGUGUGGAAAAAAAAUAUCUUAAUGGGAUAUGAGUACCUAGGAUUUACUCAACGUAGAAAAGUGGGGAAAGGGAAAAAGGGGGGUGGGAGAAUAUGUAGAAGACUUUUUAAAACAUAUAAUGGUAGUAUGGUAUUUGAACAUGACAGUGUGUAUCUGCAAAUAAAAUAAUAUGCUAUUACUCAUCUACUUGAAAUA